CUAGACAGAAUUUGUGGGCACAGAAUUUGUGGGCGGAGAAGAGAGCAGUGAAGCGCCUGGAUUUCUCCGGGAACACAUGCCUUACAGGAAACGGCGGAUAUUCUUGCAGGAGAUGGCGGCGGAAGAGUACGAUUUGUUCGAUUCUUUGCCGGAUGAUCUAGUCAUUUCUAUUCUCUCCAUGCUCAGCUCCUCCGCCGGUUGUCCUUCGGAUUUCGUCACCGUUCUGAUGACAUGCAAGAGAUCAAAUAGUUUGGCGCUUCAUUCUCGUGUUAUCCAAAGGCUCCUCGGAAAUGUUACCCAUUAAAGCAAAGAACUGGUCGAAGUCUGCUCACUGGUUUUUGAAACUUUGCGCCGAUGCCGGAAAUGCUUUGGUAAAAUGAAAUACACACGAUUGC